GGGAAAAUUAAAACAAAUAAGAAAAGGAAUUAGCGAACGCUAGGCGGUAACCAACCUUCGGAUUGGAAUUCUAGGGGUUUAUAGUUGGUUCUAUCGGAUCUAUAAUGGUGGAAGAGACGAGAGGGGAGUGGAGGCGGCGGAGGUAGAUGAGGUGCAAGCGCCACCCGUCCGAUAACGGCGUCGGCGUCUGCGCCCCCUGCCUCCGCGAGCGCCUCCUCGCCCUCCUCGCGGACCACGCCGACGACCCUCCGCACCACCGCCGGAAGCCGGAGCGCCUGCCACCUCCGCCGCCCCUUCAAUUCCCACGAUCUGUCUCUCCCUACGUCUGCCGCCUCCGAUCCGUCGACCCCGCCCCUUCCCGCCUCUCCCGCGUCUACUUCAGCACCCGCCGGGUCGACCCGUCCUCCUCCACCGCCGCCGCCGGCGGCUGCUGGAGGAGCGGCUCCGGGAAGUCAUCUUUUCCGUCGUCCCUCUUCGGGAACUCAAGAUCCGAGAAGGCCGAGUCCGAUUCCGGUAUCUCGGAGGCUUCCAGAUCGAGUUCUUGGCUCUCGGUUCUCCUCCACGGCCACCGGAAGAAGAAGAAGAAGAAGAAGAAGAAUUCUAGGCCAUUCGCGGCGGAGGAGGAGGCCGCAAAAAGGUCGUGCCCGGCAAGGGAACGGGGAAUGUCGCCGGACACGGAUUACUCCGCGUCGGGAAACGAGUGCGCCCCGGAGUCACCGGGGAGCUGGUGGAGAUCGAGUCCAUCAUCGAAGCGGCGGCCGGCUGCGUAUCACCACCGUCAUCACCGAGCCUGGGGGCUUGCGGGCUUCGCCGUCUGCCUGAGCCCGCUGAUGAGGGUGAGCCCCGGCCACCGACGGAGCCAGGAGGCAGCGGAGGUGGGGUUCUCCGGAGAGCUCCGGGGCACCCUAAAGCCGCACCACGGCCGCCACGUGUCUAGCGGGGCUGCCUCGCUCGGCCCGAGCCGGUCGAGGAAGCCGGUCGACUUUGGCAGGUUCCGAUGACACUUUUACCCCGGUCUUCCCUCUUUACAACGUCUGCCCUUUCUAUUUAAGGAAAAAAUAGUCAGAUUUUUAGUGGAUUUUAAUUAUAUACUUAGAAAGGUGGUUGAUGGUGUAUUAAAUGCAUUUUCGUAUAUUUUUAGUGAUUGGAUCGUUAGGAAAUAAUCACUGGUGUGCGUUUAAAUUAUCAAUUUUGAACGUUCGAAUGAUGAAAAUUUAGAAAUCUUCUCUUGCCAA